AUGCAGAGAUGCUAUUGUGGCCACAGCGGUGGAAGCUUCACGGGCAGCAUCUUAAAGACAAAGAGCCACCACGUCAGCAGAGUGCCACAGCAGCAGCAGCAGCAGCAGCAGAUGCCGCAUCGCAGUGAUAUCUACUCUUUGACGUCAUCAUCUAGGCAGAGCGUGCGUCCCACUAAGUUCGUAAAGCAGCCAAAUCCACAUUUAAAUGCUGAGCUGGGACUGGGCCACUCCAAGAGUGGAUUGAGUCGUGAUUUCAGCCGUCGCAAUUCGGCAACAACCACAUUGAGUCACUGCUCUAGCUGCUGCAGCUCCUGUUCCCCCCAAAAGCAGCGAGAAAGUCGCGUCAAGGUGCUAAGUUGGGGCACCGGAGAGCGGAGUGGGGGCGGCAGCAAUAAUAACAAUUGCAGCCAUUGCGAGCACACGGACAAUCGACGUCUCUAUGAGCAACGCGCCUGCGUCGCCAGCCGGCUCGCUGCUCAAGGUCAGGUUCAAGGUAGGGGCACAGCAACGCCGUCACCAACAAUGCCUACCAGCCCCACCCAGAAUGGUAAUGAGGAAAUGCAGCGUUUGCUGUCGCUACAGCAAUUCAGGCUGCUGAAUGCUAGUGACUGCUUCAGUGCUCAGCGCCAGGAUGAGCUGCGUCUGCAGCGCGCCUACGACAAACUAGGAGUGGCCGAGAAUGCCAAGUGGCAGAAGAACAAAGCGAACGAGUGCAGGCAGCAGACUAAGCCGGCAGCAAUGACAACGUCGGGAACGACACCCUAUGCACUACGUCAGAGGCUUCUGCAGCUACAAUUGCGAGAGGAGCAGGCGAGUGGCACGGGCUCGGGUGCAUUGUGUGCGCCCAUGGGGCGAAGCUGCGCCCUGCGAUUCAAUUGAGA